AUAUGAAACAAUAUAUCCAACCCAAGCAACGAUAUUGUUGAUGCAAAAGUCAAAAUAAUAUACUCCCUAUCAUCGUCUCUCAUCGGAGCUCAACGAUCCGCGCCACUCCUCCCGUUUUCUCAGUUUCGUUCAAUUUGGGGGAGGAAUAUGAGGGCUGCUCCGCUCUACUUUGCUACUCUGCUAUUUUUAGGGAGCAUUUCCCUGUUUCAGCUGCAGAUUGUUGCAGUGAAAUCAAUUCCUCUGCUCAAAUUUAACUCUCAGAUUCUUCAGGAGUCCAUCGUUAAAUUGAUCAAUGGAAAUCCCCAAGCUGGAUGGAAAGCUUCCAUGAAUCCUCGAUUUGAUAAUUACACUGUUGGCCAAUUUAUGCACCUCCUCGGUGUCAAGCCAACACCACACGGUGACUUGAAGAAUAUUCCUAUUAUUUCUCAUCCAAAAACUCUGAAGUUGCCACGUAAAUUUGAUGCAAGAACGGCUUGGCCUCAAUGUAGUACCAUUGGAAAAAUUCUUGAUCAGGGUCAUUGUGGUUCUUGUUGGGCUUUUGGUGCUGUUGAAUCACUCUCCGACCGUUUCUGCAUCCAUUUCAGCAUGAAUAUUUCUCUCUCUGUUAAUGAUCUCUUAGCUUGCUGUGGCUUUAUGUGCGGUGGUGGUUGUGAUGGUGGUUAUCCUAUUUAUGCAUGGCGAUACUUUGUCCACCAUGGUGUUGUUACUGACGAGUGUGACCCAUACUUUGAUAAUACUGGAUGUUCUCACCCCGGUUGUGAACCUGCAUAUCCUACCCCAAAAUGUGAGAGGAAGUGCAUAAAUAAGAACCUGCUCUGGAAAGAGUCAAAACACUUCAGUGUUGGUGCAUAUAGAAUCAAUUCAGAUCCUUACAAUAUCAUGGCAGAAGUUUAUCAGAAUGGACCAGUUGAGGUCUCCUUCACUGUUUUCGAGGAUUUUGCUCAUUACAAGUCGGGAGUUUACAGACACAUGGCAGGUGAUGUCAUGGGAGGUCAUGCUGUAAAGCUAAUUGGAUGGGGAACUACUGAUGAUGGGGAGGAUUAUUGGCUUCUUGCAAAUCAAUGGAAUAGAAGAUGGGGUGAUGAUGGAUACUUCAUGAUCAGAAGGGGGACGAAUGAGUGUGGCAUUGAAGAUGAUGUGGUUGCAGGUUUGCCUUCAACCAAAAACUUAAUUAAAGAAUUUGCUAGCACGGAUGCUGAUGAAGAUGUCUCAGUUUGACAGUAAAUUUCCACACGAAAGACGAAAUAUUUGAAAUAAUGCAUAUAGGCAUAUGUGGUGUGAAUGAAAUGAAACCUGGGAGAUGGAUCCUUGAUUGUUUGUAUGUUUUAACGGUAGUCAUGAAGCUGGUUAUGUGUGGAGAUAAAAAGUGACAGCUUAAGUGCAUGUUGUAUCUAUAUACCACAUUUAAUAUGCAUCAUUACUAGUUGGAUGCAUGAUGUAUUCCAUACAGAUGAUGAAUAAGAAUAAGAUAUAAUUAUGUUCAUGAA